UCCUGCGUUGUUUGGGGACAGUAGGAAGAUGGCGGCGGCCCCGCUGUACUGUGUCUGCCGGCAGCCCUACGAUGUGAGCCGGUUUAUGAUCGAGUGCGACAUCUGUAAAGAUUGGUUUCACGGCAGCUGUGUGCAGGUAGAAGAGCAUCAUGCUGUGGAUAUCGAUGUUUACCACUGUCCCAACUGUGAUGUCGUACACGGACCCUCCCUGAUGAAAAAGCGCAACAACCGCCACAGGCAUGACUACACAGAGCUGGACGAUGGAUCGAAGCCGGUGCAGGCUGGCACCCCAGUGUUUGUCAAGGAGCUCCAGAACAGGGCCUUCGCUAGUGGCGAGGAGAUCAUGAUGCAGAUGAAGGGCGAGCAGGUGACGACCAGGUACCUGGAGAGACACGGCUUCAGCUACCCCAUCGCGGUCACAGAGAUGGAGGGCCUGGGACUCAAACUACCAGCUCCCACUUUCUCCGUCAAAGACGUGGAGCAGUAUGUGGGUGGCGACAAAGUCAUCGAUGUGAUAGAUGUGGCCCGGCAGGCAGACAGCAAGAUGAAGCUCAGCGAGUUUAUCAAGUAUUUCACCAACCCAGAUCGACCCAAGGUCCUCAACCUCAUCAGCCUGGAGUUCUCUGACACCAAGAUGUCAAAGCUGGUGGAGGUUCCUGAUGUGGCUCAGAAGAUGUCCUGGGUAGAGAACUACUGGCCGGACGACUCCUUCUUCCCCAAGCCCUUUGUCCAGAAGUACUGCCUUAUGGGGGUCAAGGACAGCUACACAGAUUUCCACAUAGACUUCGGAGGCACCUCUGUCUGGUACCAUGUUCUCUGGGGUGAGAAGAUCUUCUACUUGAUCAAGCCCACUCCCGCCAACCUUGCACUAUAUGAGGCAUGGAGCUCCUCGCCCAAUCAGAGUGAAGUGUUCUUUGGGGACAAAGUGGAUAAGUGCUACAAGUGUGUCGUGCCCCAAGGAACCACCCUGCUCAUCCCUACAGGCUGGAUCCAUGCUGUUCUCACCUCUCAGGAUUGCAUGGCGUUUGGAGGGAACUUCCUUCACAACCUCAAUAUUGGCAUGCAGCUCAGGUGUUAUGAAAUGGAGCGUCGUCUGAAAACCCCAGACCUCUUCAAGUUUCCCUACUUCGAGGCCAUCUGUUGGUAUGUGGCCAAGAACCUCUUGGAAACGCUAAAAGAGCUACGGGAGGACAACUGUCCGCCCCCGACCUACCUAGUGGAGGGAGUCAAGGCUUUAAUCAGUGCACUGAGGACCUGGUUGAAAAGAGAGGUGACUGAGCCCACCAGUGAGGUACCAGACCAUAUCAGGCCGAACCAUCUCAUUAAAGAGCUGACCAAGGAAAUCCGCUACCUGGAGGAGGAGCCAGUCGGUGGUAGCAAGCCAGUGAAAUCUCAGGGAAGUGGGUGUGGAGUAGCAUCUGGAACGAACGGCUGCCCGGCCACUCGCGCCACACUGGAGAGGCUGUGUCAGGCCCGGCAGGCGAGGAGGGCUGCCAGGCGGCUGAGGGAGCAGCAGCGACAGGCCCCCAAACUGCCCUCCAACCUGGACAUCUUGGAGCGGCACACCAGGGAGGUGCUGAAGAGGCUGGAGGUGGGACCGCUGGAGGAGGAUGCGGCGUUCUGUGCCAAGGUUCGUGGGAAGCUCAACAAAGUGUCAACUGCAUCAGCAGCUGCUGCAGAGUCUUUAGAUGACAACCACCUACGGCUGAUGCUGGUCAACGGCAGAAUUAUCAGAGACAUGAGGCGGCCAGGCAGCAGCCCCGUGAAGACGGAGGGUGAACGGUCAUCUGUCGGCCCACCAAAGAGUCGUGUGGACGUGAAGCUGGAGAGGACACAGGACAGUCGAGAGCAGCACAGAACAGUCGAGAAACCCACACACUUCAGCGGUCUGGAGAGGGUGAAGACUGAACUCAGGGAAGAAGUCUCAGGACACUCCAGUGUGUCAGACGUGGAUUCAGACAGUGACUCUCCCACAGGGCGUAAAGCAUCAUCGUCGUCAUCGUCGUCGUCGUCGUCGUCGUCGUCUUCUGACGAGGAUUCAGAGAGUUCCCAGGAUGAAGAGGAGGAUGAAGAGAGGGGCUCAUCUCAGCAGAGAGGCUCAGGGCACACCAUAGAGCUGGACCAGUCUGGCCAGAAACUCAGGCACAAACACAAACCACUCAAACGAGAACGUCCUACCUCACCCAGCACAGAAGAGGCCAUUCAGGGGAUGCUGUCCAUGGCUGGUCUGCUGUGCUCCUCCAAGCCGGAGAAGGUGACCUCGUCCCGGGAGCCAUGGUGGUCCGGCUCCAGCCAGUGCUCGCCGCUGGAGCGGAGGGAGGAGGCGCAGCACCAGCACCGACUGCAGGGGGGCAAGAGCCCGAUGGACAGCCAGGGCAACAGCAGCGAGGCCUGGGACAAUCAGGGGCUGCCCAGCCCAGAGACGGACUACCAAUACUGUGACCCCUCGAUGUCUCCGCCGCUGCACCCUUCCAAGAGGCACGCCCCCAACCCCCCACCUGUCAGCAAUCAGGCCACGAAAGGCAAGCGGCCCAAAAAAGGAAUGGCCACAGCCAAGCAGAGACUGGGGAAGAUCCUGAAACUCAACAGACACAAUCGCGUCUUUGUGUAACACUCCAAAUCUUCAAAAGCAAAGUGACACGUGGGGACGUAUUCUUGAAGAAGAAGAAGAAAAAAGAAACAUUGGUGUAUUUGUUACCAGACACUUUUUUGUGCUGUAGAAACGGAGAGAAGAAAAAAAAAUGAACACACUGCCUGGAGACUGAUGGAACCUUGACACGUAAAACACGCUCACUGUGCAUGCUUAGGAGACAGGGUAUUGGAUUUGAAAUAAGCAAGUGCACGGCUUCACCACAAGCACACUAAGAACAAAACAGAAAGGAGCUACGGGAAGCGGAGAGGGACAAGCAUGUUAUGAAUAUUUUCUGCUGCAGGGAAAGGUGGACUGAAGCUCCUGCGGGCAUUCAGACGGACAAAGGAGACGUAGGAGGUCUACCAAACAAACAACAGAAACGCUCGCUUUGCCGGGGAGCAGCUUCCGAUGCCAACAUCAUCUGCAUCACAUUUUAAUAUUUCCUCUCUCUGCUGAACGCACCCUCCCCUCCGCACAAGCUUCACUCGCUUCACGGCUAUCUGCGACAGACUGAACGGGACGGAGGAGCAGAUGAAACGGAGCUGUAUAUCUCUAGCAGGGUCUUUUGUUUUUUUUCCUCUGGCUCUGAGGGGGGAAACGAGGUGCUAAGGAGGACGCGGUGAACUAACUGAGAUUUCAAAAUGGUGCUUAUUGUAUGUACUUCUCUCCACUCAUGCUUGUCCCUUCCAGCCCCUCCUUUAUCUCAAUCACACCAGCAAUAAUGACUUUGUGGAGAGAGGAAAGAUGAGACAGAGGCAGCACUUUGGUGCAUCCUUCCCCC